UCCGAAAUGACGGGCGGGGGAUCUGGUGAAUGGUUGUGUUUUAUGGAUUGUAUAGAAGGGAUUUAUCUAAUCGAAAUAUUAUGAAAAAUACGGAGUAGUGUAAUGUCGCGAUAACGCAUGGUACUGAAUUAUUCACGUACGCGUACCUCGCCCGCCUUCGGCCUUCUGGCAUUUCACGUUUUAUCAUUUCGUUGUUACGGUCGCAUCGUAGCGCACGGCUUCCAACACUUAAAACCAGUCGAUAUUAUGUGGCCGGAACGCGAGAACGGCAUAACAAUUUUACAAUUAUGAUCCCUAUGGUGUACACAGUGUAUGGUUUUGCUAUAUUUUUUAUGAUCGCGUGGAUCUGUCUGUGGCUAAUUCACAUAAUGGCCCUGUCGUACUCGAAGUGGAAACUGCACCGCACCGUGGAUCGCUCGCCGCCGGAGCAGCCGUACCCUGGCGUAUCGGUGCUGAAGCCGCUCACCGGCGUCGACCCCAACCUGUUCUCGAAUCUGGAGACGUUCUUCACGAUGAACUACCCGACCUACGAGCUGCUGUUCUGCGUGGAGAACGAGCACGACCCGGCCGUGAUGCUCGUCAACAGCCUCAUGCAGAAGCAUCCGCAGGUGGCGGCGCGCCUGUUCGCGGGCGGCCUGUGCGUCGGCGUCAACCCCAAGAUCAACAACAUGCAGCCCGCGUACCUGGAGGCGCGCCACCCGCUGGUGCUGGUGAGCGACGCGGGCAUCCGCAUGCGCGAGGACACGCUGCUCGACAUGGUGCAGCACAUGGCGCCCGACGUGGCCAUCGUGCACCAGCUGCCCUUCGCGCACGACGCGGAGGGCUUCGCGGCCACGUACGAGAAAGUGUACUUCGGCACGGCGCAGGCGCGCCUGUACCUGGGCGCCGACCUGCUGGGCAUCAACUGUCACGUGGGCAUGUCGUCACUGGUGCGGCGCGCGGCGCUGGAGGAGGCGGGCGGGCUGGCCGCGUUCGGCGACUUCCUGGCAGAGGACUACUUCAUGGCUAAGGCGGUGGUGGCGCGCGGCUGGCGUAUGCGCGUGGCGUCGCAGCCCGCGCUGCAGAACGCAGGCGACAAGUCGGUGCGCGCGCUGCAGGCGCGACUGCGGCGCUGGGCGCGCCUCCGCAUCGCCAUGGUGCCCACCACGGCGCUGCUGGAGCCGCUCAGCGAGUGCGUGCCGCUGGGUGCGGGCGCGGCGUGGGCGGCGGCGCGGCUGUUCGGCGCGGAGCCGCUGCCCUUCUUCCUGGUGCACGUGCUGCUAUGGUUCUUGUCGGACUGGCUCAUGCUGCGCGCGGUGCAGCACGGCGCGCCGCCCUUCAGCAAGGCGCAGUUCCUGCUGGCGUGGCUGUGGAGCGAGUGCUGCGCGCCGCUACUGCUGGCGGCCGCGCUGCUGCAGCCCGAGAUCUCGUGGCGCGCGCGCAGCUACCGCCUGGACUGGGGUGGCCGCGCGCACGAGCUCAAGCCCAAGCUUAAGUUCUGAGCCCUGUCCCCUCCCCGAUUAUUCCGAGCUUUAAUUUGAUGUACGUAGUCCGUUAUGUGUACUGAGUGAAUACUUUUGGGCAUGACAGUGUUUGUGAUUAUUACAAUAGUAGUUUAAUAUUAAGUUUUGAUUUUAAUUUAUAGUUUUGAAAUGAAAGGUGGAUAUACGUUGUUUUUGUUUUAGAGUUUUGUAUGUUUAUAGAUCCAAGGUGAAGUCUGCUGUUGUACAUAUAUAAUUUUGUAGAUUAUUGCAUUAUUGAUCUGCCAUAUUGAUUGUAGUUUGUUUGAUUUAUGUACAUUGUACAUAUUAUAUUAAUAUUAAAGCUGGUGAGUUAUAUAUAUUAUUAUAUAUAUUUAUGAAUAUUUUGAAGUCAAAUCGUAUGAUAACAAAAUUAUCUGAUUCAAGUCGUUAUCAAAUAGAGUAGUGUGCAUGGAUUCCUAUCAAUUACUUAUUCAAAGUGUGAAUCAUAUGUUUUGUAAUGUGACUUGUUUUACUAAGAAGGGAAGUUUGAAUCACUGACUCACUGCACAAGGCCCUAACCUCAUUAUAAAUACAUGUUAAUUUUAAGACUAAGAAUCACUUUUUCAUUUUAUGUUGCAAACACAAAAAAAUGAAACAAUUGUAAUAAUAAGUACAAAACAUUUGCAGCAUGUUACAUUGUCAACUCUACUGUAUUAUAUUGUAUCAUUUACUCAUUAUAAUAAUAAAAAUGCAUAAUAAAAUUAAUUUAUCAAUAAUGACUGCAAAAUUCUAAAUAAUGAACAGGGUUUUAACCUCUCUAUAAUAGCUUUGUAAAGUGCACUGAAUUUUUUGAAUUUGAUUUUGCGCCUUUGGACCCAGGGAUGUAAAGUUUUUACCCAAACUUUCAGAUCUGAAAUGGGACCAAACAAGGUUGAAAAUUAUUUUGUUAACAUUGUUAAAAUUAAAGAAUUACCCUACAAAAUAGUUUUCGGGCGUUUUUUUGUUUCACCAAACGGUGACAGAGAGAAAAGACUGGCAUUUUCCCUUAGGUCCAAAGGUGGUUUUUGUUGUGAUUUUAGUAAACAAAUGUUUUUAUUUUUUGAUAAUUUUAUGUGCCAUGUUUGAUUAAUUAAACUGGUUUGCUUUUGUAAACAAACAUAAUAAGCACAAUCUUUUUACAUCACACAAGUAUUAAGCUGGAAACACACUUGUAAAAAAUACUCUACUCUACUCCACUUUCUAGUAACUAACUCACUCAACAUAUUGGGUAUUUUAAUUUUGAAGUGUUUCUGCUCUUGUAGCACAAGUUUGAUGGCUGUAAUGUGAUGAUCUCCAUCGUCACUGAUUUCGUCAGUUGGCAAACAAUACCUACCACUCAAGUUAUUGGCAGUUCUGACAUCAACUAUGAACUGGCAGCUAGUAAAACAGCUUACAUGCUGUUUUAUUUUACAUUACAGCUUUAAACAACUUACAUGAUGAAGUAAUAAACUUAUUUUGAACUAUGACACUGUGGAGUACGAAUUCUGUACCUAAGUACCCUGUAGUUUGUGAGUGAAAUUUUCAAAAGAUUGAGACAGGACAUGUUGCCCAAGCUCACAGACGAUAUGCGUUGUUGCGUUGUGCGUCAAAUUCAAGCAUUUGCCUUCUUCAUUAUUUGAAUAACCGUUAUACAAAUAAUCGACUGUGACAAACGGACGGGCGAAGAAAGUCUCACCAUAAGGCUUCCAUUUUUAACAUUUUGGCACGGAACCCUAAAAAUGUAACUCAGUCAAUACCUACCGAAUUCCGCCAUCCUGUUUUUCCGCAGAUUGAUUCCGGCAAACCUCAACCAAUUAUUCUUUCAAUCUCAAUUGUAGUGGUUGGCUGAAUUUAUGGGGUUUUUGCGAAUAUUAGGAGAGUAUCAGCAUAAGAUUUAUUUUUUAAAAAGAAUAUUAGUCAUUUUAAUCAUGACUAACAUUCCCCUUUCCCCUCCAACUAAGCGUUAAGCUUGUGCUAGGAGUGGGUUCGACAAUAGUGCAACGGGUGGGGUUUGAACCCGCCGACCUUUCGGAAUUCAGUCCGCUCCUAUAACCGUUGAGCUAUUGAGGCUUAGGAUUAGGAAGUACUAGUACUAAAAAAUCUAUGAGUACCUAGUUAUCAGCCAUUCAGAGGUGCGGUAGUGUGUCAUAUACAGUGUCAUGAUCGCAAUCACCUCUGGCCGACACUCGCUCACUAUUGGCUACAAUGCAUUGUUGCAACAAGAAUACCAUAAGUGCAGGCAAUCACAACAAUUGAGAUUGUAAUCAUGAUUGAUGUAGCUUUUCCGGAAGCGACCUCCGUUUAAAAGUUUGCCAAAGUAAAACAGUUUUUCGUCUGUCCUGAAAAGUUGCGAAAUUUUAGGUACCUAUGUACUUGUGUGGUAUUGACUGCUAGCCGACGAUUUCCUGACUCUAUGGCCUAACGACUGAAAUUAAUAAUAAUCGAUCUAUCUAUAAUCUGUCGAUAUGUUACUUUUACUCUUACUUUGUUGUAUUGUUAAUACGGUAUUUGUCUAUGUCAAAAAUAAAUUAUUUUUCAGUGAUUACCUACUGAAUAAUCUACGUAAUUCGUCUUUGAAUAUACGUAAAAUCUACGUCUUUUGCUAGUUUUAAGUGUAAUAACCAUUUUAAAUUAUCGAUCAAACUAAAAAAGCACAUCAAAUCAUUGUGACGUCACAUGCCAGUAUUUCAUAGAAGCUCGCACUACGCGCGUGUUUUGACGUUUCAUAAAAAGAUGCUGACUUGAAUAGUUGUUAUUGAAUACAAUUUUGACAAAUACCUAACAGCGUUACCAAGCAACCUAUCGACAGAUUACAGAUAGGAAUAAGAUUGAUUAUUAUUAUUAAUUCCGGCUGUAAAAUGCAAUGCAGUAAAUGGCGUGAGGUGGGGGUGGGGGUGGUAUAUAUCACAAAUCCAAGUGGUUCAUUAAAUUAAUUAAGACUUGCUCGAAUUAUGUAUUGUCACAGCUUCUCAUUCAAUAUCGAAAUAUAGGGUACUAUCUCACUAGGACACCAGUGGCGACGCAACCAGUCGCGCUACUAAAAUAAAUAAAAACCGGUCAAGUGCGAGUCGGCCUCGCAUACGAGGGAUUCCGUACCAUCGUAUAAAGAACUAACACUACUUUUUUUUCUUUUUAUUUGUGCUAUUAGACAUUGCUACCUGCUUUUAUGUCUCUAGGUCAACGAUCUUACAAGGGUUACUUAAAUUACUUACCGGUUACUUAUCCUAAAAAUGUCUACAGAGAGCUAUGAGAAUACCGCGCCUGGUGUCCGCUUGGUUGUGCAACCAAUUUGGUGACAGUAGACAGGGUCACUCGCUGGUCGCACAACUACUAAUAGUAUAGAGAUUUUUGGCGUCUCACUCAUUGCGCUACCAGGCACGCCCCUCUGUAUACUGCUCUUGACGAUGUUAUUAGCACGUGUACCUACACUAAUAAUUGAUGUGAGAUGAUUUUUUUAUAGUAUAGUAUCUUUAGUCGGAAAGUCAUAAGCAUAAAUUAUGUUCUUUGGUUGGCAAUGUCAUUGUUUAAAUACGUCUUUCGACGUCCAUUUUGAAACGGACUAUCCUGGUGUUUUCUCUGGUGUUUCUCGUUUAGUUGCUCAAGAAACAACGGUGUCGCGACCAGUGGCGCCGCCAUGGUGUCCUAGUGAGAUAUUGGCCGGAGAGUGGUGACCCAAAUAUUUACGGACGUGGGAUCACCCACGCUAGGGGUGUGUAAUGCAAACAAAAAUGCACUGUGUGCAUAAUAAACUACUUUAAGUAGCUGCUUU